AUGAGUAAAUCAACAAAAUCCAAUCCAAAGACUAGCAAUGCAAAACCUGCUUCUCAACCAGCUCCAAAGCCAGCUGUUGCUCAAGCAAACGGUGGUCAGCAACAAAAUGGUACCAAUGGUAAAGCAAAGUCAAAUGGUAUUCCAGCUCCACAAUUGGAGCACGUUGAAGGCUUGAGCUCACCAGAAUCACCAGCAUCAUCGCCCAAAUCUAAUGGUGGUGAACUGCCAUCAUUGGAACAUAGAAUCUCAAUCAAGAGAUCUAGUCAAGCUUCCACUUUGUCUGAUAUGGCAUCUGGCAGAACCAACGAGUCGAGCCAAGCAUCUACUCAAGCUACAAAGACCGGAGGAGCAGCCGAAGUAAAAGCUGCCUCCGAUGGAUUUGAAUAUAAAUACACCGAGUUGUCGGAAAUCCCUGCUGGUAUUCAAAAGGUUACUGAUGGAUUCUUUACCGGUAAGACCCAUUCACUUCAAUUUCGUUUAAACCAAUUGAGAAACCUUUAUUUCGCAAUUAAGGAUAAUCAACAAGAAAUUUGUGACGCUUUGGAAUUGGACUUUUCUAGAAACGCUUCCGAGACAAGAAACUAUGAAAUUGCCACCGGAUUGAAUGAAUUGUUGUUUACCAUGACCCAAUUGCACAAGUGGGCCAAACCAGAGGCAGUUACUGAUUUGCCAGUCAAUUUAUUAACCAACCCAGUCUAUAUUGAAAGAAUCCCCUUGGGUGUUGUGUUGGUUAUUUCUGCCUUCAACUACCCAUUAUUUGUCUCUAUUUCACCCAUUGUUGGUGCUAUAGCUGCUGGUAACACUGUUGUUUUCAAACCAUCGGAAUUAACUCCUCGUUUUUCCAAAUUGUUUGUCGAUUUGUUGACCAAAGCUUUGGACCCCGACAUCUUUUUCGCUGUCAAUGGUGCUAUCCCAGAAACCACCAAAGUCUUGGACCAGAAAUUUGACAAGAUUAUCUACACCGGUAAUGGUAUGGUUGGAAGAAUCAUUGCAAAGAAGGCAGCAGAGAAUUUAACCCCAGUUGUUCUUGAGUUGGGAGGUAAGUCGCCUGCUAUUAUCUUGGACGACACUAAGGACAAAGAGUUGGCUACAGUUGCACGCAGAAUUGCUUGGGGUCGUUUCGCCAAUGCGGGCCAAACGUGUAUUGGUGUUGAUUAUGUCUUGGUUCCUCGAUCCAAGCGUGCUCGCUUUAUUGCUGAGCUCAAGAAGGUUAUUGAAAAUGAGCUUUACCCGGGUGUUAAUAAAUUCGACAAGAGUUUUACUCACAUGAUUCACGAGCGUGCUUUUGAUAGAAUGAACAAUAUCUUGAAAGAGACCAAGGGAACAAUUGUUACAGGUGGAGAUGCUGAUGCAGAGACAAAGUAUGUUGCACCAACAGUGAUUGAUAAUGCUUCUUGGACGGAUGCUUCAAUGGAGGGAGAAAUUUUUGGACCAAUUUUACCAGUUCUCACAUACACUGAUAUUGGUGACGCUUGUAAAGAUAUUAUCAGAAACCACGACACUCCAUUGGCUGCUUACAUUUUCACCAGUGGAUACACAUCAGCCGAAAAGAACCCCCAGAUUGCCACCAUCAAGAAGUCGAUUCGCUCUGGUGGUUUGAUAGUCAAUGAUGUCUUGAUGCACAUUGCCUUGCACAAUGCACCAUUUGGAGGUGUUGGUGAGUCAGGAUACGGUUCAUACCAUGGAAAGUAUUCCUAUAGAACGUUUACCCAUGAAAGAACAACCAUUGAACAACCAUUAAACAACGAUUGGAUGUUGCAAUCGAGAUACCCACCAUUCAAUGCCCUGAAGGACAAAUUAAUGAAGUUGGCAUUGUCUCCAUAUGGUGGUAGAGUUUGGUUUGGAGAACAAGGUAAUGUUAGAGUAGAUGGACCAUCCACUUUCUUCAAGACAUGGACUACUGCUGUUGGUUUGGUGAGCAUGGUUGGUGAACUUGUCAGGGCAAAGAUGUAG